AUGUCUGCGGCACCAGAAUAUGAGAUCCCAUUCGCAACUUUCCACAACAUCAUCAACAAUCAACUGUCUGACACGGAAGAGUCACAUCGCAAUUUGUCUCCAAGCACUGGGGAACCUCUCUGGCUCGUCCCUGUGUCGACCCAGGACGACGUGGACCGUGCUGUAACCGCGGCGCAGGCAGCAUUCCCGUCCUGGAGCAAACUCUCAUACGAUGAGCGUGCCGCGUAUCUCAACAAGUUUGUCGCCGCCGUUGAAGCCAAUAAGGAUGAACUCACCAAGCUCAUCGGCCAAGAGCUGGGAAAGACCCCGCAGUUCGCUGCUUAUGAGCUUGACCACUUGCAAGCUAACACGGUUGUCCAGCGUACCGCUAUUGUGCGCCACAUUCCUCUCGGAGUCGCUGUCGGGAUUGUGCCGUGGAACUUCCCUCUCGGAAUCGGCCUUGGCAAGCUGCUUCCCGCCCUUCCUACCGGGAACACCUUUAUCUGGAAGCCUUCACCUCAUGCUCCUUACUCCACACUGAAGAUGGCCGAGAUAGGCGCUCAAGUGUUCCCGCCGGGCGUAUUCCAGGCCCUCAGUGAGACGACAAGUACCGGCUCUGUCGAGACGGGGGGAAAGGUCAUGGCGGCUUGUGCUGCUACUUUGAAGCGCAUCACGCUCGAACUUGGAGGUAACGAUGCAGCGAUCGGCUGUUGUGAUGCCGACAUUGAGUCGGUAGCCGCAAAGCUCGCAUUUUUUUCCUUCAUGAACUCGGGACAGAUCUGCAUGGCAGUCAAGCGUAUCUAUGUCUACGAGAAUAUUUAUGACCCGUUUCUCGCCACAAUCGUCGCGAUCACGAAGCAGUUCAAGGCUGGUGAUUAUUCCGACACGGACGCCUUCUUUGGAUCUAUUCAAAACAGCGUACGGUACGAAAAGCUUCAGACGCUGUAUUCGCAGAUCGAGGCAGAUCGAGCAGCAAAUGUGGAAGGUAGCUUUUGGGGGGGGGGGCUCGGAUCGAAGCAAGGGACGGGCUUUCAUAUGCCUGCGACAAUCAUCGACAACCCUCCCGAUGACCCGAGUAUCGUGACGGAUGAGCCUUUCUGUCCCAUUGUUCCUGUUCUCAAGUGGAAAGAUGACAACGAUAUGACCAAGCGUGCAAACGCUCCGAGCCAUGGACUCGGGGCUUCGGUUUGGAGUAAGGAUGUGGCUCGCGCCCGUCGAAUUGGGGACCAGCUCGAGGCAGGAAGCAUUUGGGUCGACACUCACUUCGAGUUCUCUCCCAACGUACCGUUCGGUGGGCAUGAACAGAGCGGACUUGGUACAGAAUGGGGGACGGAGGGUUUAAAAGGCUGUUGUAAUACGCAGGCCUAUUGGUUCAAGCACUGA